UCGUUGCGCGCUGGAUAUGGAUCAGGACGCAGCGUGCCUCCCUGCUGUCUCCCGCGGACGGGCUGCACUCUGCGGCGCAUAAAAAAAGGUGCCCAAAUGAAUCACCGCCCUCCUGGCUCCCCCGGCGUGCAAUGGCUUAACAGGAGAGACAUGAGUGUCCGGACGGAGGACAGCAUCACCUUGUGCCAAAGGGCUCUCGAAAUCAUCACGGAACUUUGUCUCACGGGAAACGUAGACCGGGAGAAAUGUUCGGAUAUUUUCCCCCUGGAGAGCAACAUACCAGGUAAAGGACACGCAGACAUCUCUAUUAGUCUCCUUGCUGUGGUCGUGGGUUUCUGUGGCCUCGCCCUGUUGGUAGUCUCUCUCUUUGUCUUUUGGAAGCUGUGCUGGCCCUUUUGGAGGAGCAAGGCUCUGUCAGCCCAUGCCGAAAAUGGCCUCAAUGUUGGUUUCCCUGAGGCGCCUCCACCCAACUCGCCACCGGUCACUAAGUGCAAAGUGGCGGAGGUGGAGAAGAAGUACCCGCUGGAAGUGAAGGUGAAUGGACGGAGCACUGUCAAGCUCCUCGAGGCGGCCAUGAAGAUCAGCCAGACGUCUCCAGACAUCCCCGCCGAGGUGCAAACAGCCCUGAGGGAGAAGCUCAGCCAGCAGGCUAAGAUCCAGAGGCAGACCACCGAGCCCACCUCCUCCUCCAGGCACAAUUCAUUCCGGCGCCACCUGCCUCGCCAGAUGAAUGUCACCAGUGUUGACUUUAGCAUGGACACAGUGCCUCUCCGCCAGUCUUCUACAGUGAGCAUUGGAAGAAUAAAGCCUGAACUCUACAAACAGAAAUCUGUGGACUCAGAGGGUGAGGCUAAAGAGCCUGUGGAGACUUGCGGAAAGCUCAGCUUCUCACUGCGUUACGACCACGAGGAGCAAGCUUUGGUGGUGAGAAUCCUCAAGGCCUUGGACCUGCCCGCCAAAGACUUCACGGGCACCUCCGACCCGUACGUGAAGAUCUACCUGCUACCAGAGAGGAAGAAGAAGUUCCAGACACGCGUCCACCGCAAGAAUCUGAACCCCAUGUUCGACGAGACCUUCUGUUUCCCCGUGGUGUAUGAUGAGAUUUGCAACCGCAAGCUGCACUUCAGCGUCUACGACUUUGACCGCUUCACCAGCCAUGAUAUGAUUGGCGAGGUGGUUGUGGACAACCUCUUUGAACUCUCUGAUCUUUCCAGGGAGGCUGUAGUGUGGAAGGAUAUUCAUGCAGCAACUACGGAGAGUGUUGACCUGGGAGAGAUCAUGUACUCGCUGUGCUAUCUUCCCACAGCAGGAAGAAUGACCCUAACAGUCAUCAAAUGCAGAAACCUCAAAGCCAUGGACAUCACAGGCUCCUCAGACCCUUAUGUGAAGGUUUACUUGAUAUGUGAUGGACGGAGGUUGAAGAAGCGAAAAACAACCACCAAGAAAAGCACGCUCAAUCCAGUGUACAACGAGGCCAUCAUCUUCGACAUUCCCCCGGAGAAUGUGGAACAAGUCUGUCUGUCCAUCAUGGUGAUGGAUUAUGAUCGGGUCGGACACAAUGAGGUGAUCGGUGUGUGUCGCACCGGGCCAGAUGCUGAGGGUCUUGGACGAGAUCACUGGAACGAAAUGUUGGCUUACCCGCGAAAGCCCAUCACACACUGGCACGCCCUUGGAGAGUGGCCGGGAAGAGCAGCAAGCUUUGAGAGUCAAGGUUCGUGUCCUUCACCCAAACCUCCACAGACGCCCUGAUGGUCGCAGGUAGAGUGAGAACACCACCUCUGUAAGGAAGCAAGACAUUCGUUUAGAGUUGUUGAGUUGCCUGAGUCUCUUGUGAGCAUGUUGUAUGAAAAUUCAUCCCAACACGUUUAUAUGUUUAUAAAAAACAAGGUUGUAUUGAAAUUGUUCAUUCAUUUGACAUCAGGUCCUUGAAAUGCUCUACAGAGCUGGCUAUGCACAGCACUCUCUGUCAUUCAAUUCAAGAUUUUUUCAUACAUCUGCUUUGAAAUUCUCAGAAAAGCUUUAUUUGCCAAACAUUUACACAGACCACAUGAAUGGUAUGCCUCACUACAAGAAGUCCUCUGUGAUUCACAUACAGCUGUAUCAACCUCUUCAAGAUUCUGAGGAAACAUUUUUUUCUGGCCCUCCAGCUCCGUAGUGAGUUGACAUUUUACUUUAAAAUGACAGAAAGUUAAAGGGCU